AUGGAUCUGCUAUGCCGAUGUGGUGACGGAAGCCUGUUACAAAGGUCGCUCUUUCACCUACCAGAGAGUCUAAGUGAUGCUUACGGCGAGUCUAUGACUCGGAUCGUCAGUCAUAAUCCUUUUGCUAGUCGUUGUCUGUACUGGACUUUAUACGCUCAGCGACCUUUAACCGUCUCUGAAUUAAAUUUUGCGGCAAGCUUUGAGCUACAGGGGAAAGCUGCCGCCGAUGCAUCUUCACCUUCCGCCCAUUCCAUGCUUUAUGAGGCUGCUGGCCUCUUGACAAUAGAUGCCAUGGAUGGUACAGUCCAUCUAGUCCAUAAAACAGCCAAAGAGUACCUGAGUGGUCCAGCAGCUCGAGUCUUCUUUCCGACUGCAAAAGCCAAUAUUGCAGAUGUUUGUCUCACAGUUAUCACGCCAGAUGAUGUGAUUGAUGACUGUUACGUCAAACAAGGGGCAGCACCCUGCAAGCCUCGUGGCAAGCUAUUGGACUACGCCACAGCUUACUGGGGCCACCAUGCCCGUGAAGUUGGCGAAGAUGAGCAAGCGACCCAGGUUCUCAUCCGAGCAUUUCUCAACAAGUUAUCUUGGCGACGGCCCCCAGUUGCCGAAUUUGUUUCUCUUGGUUUCGAAAUCCCGAAGCAACUAGGCCUGGGGAGAUAUUUUUCCGACUGGACAUCUCUACAUUUCCUUGCUUACUUCGGAAUCAUUGAAAAGGCGAAACGUCUUCUCGAGCAAGGCGCUGAUGUCAACGAUUGUGAUAAUCACAACGGAAUCACACCUUUGCAUUGUGCGGUAUACCAAGGAAACGAAGAUAUGACGGAGUUGUUGAUCAAUUCUCGGGCUAAUGCCAAUGCCGCUUGCAAGUCUGGCAAGACAGUUCUCCAUAUUGCGGCGGAACAGGGUCAUCGCAAGCUGAUCAGAUUUUUACUUCAGCGACGAGUGAAUACAAGGACAGCCAAUAAGCAAGGGGCUACAGCCCUUCAAUUAGCUGUGGGAACAGCUUAUGAUGAAACAAUUGUUCCGCUCUUGAUUAAGAGUCGAUUCGACAUGGAUGUUCAGAACACUAUGACUGGAAAUACCGCACUUCAUCUAGCUGUGGAGCUGAGGCGACCUCGCAUACUUGCGUUUCUUUUGGAAAAAGGCGCGACCUUCAACGUUCUAAACAGAGAUGGCUUGACGGCCCUGCAGCUUGCUUGCAAAACAGACAACUGCGAGGCAAUAUCUCUUCUUCUUGAACGUGGCGCUCAGUUGGAAACUCGCUCUUCUCAUGGGAUUACUGCCUUGCAGCUCGCCGCCUCGAUGGAUCACUGGAUUGCAUUCGAUCUUCUGGUCAUCGGCGGUGCUGACGUCAAUGCAUGGGAUAGCAGUGGUAAUUCGCUGCUUCACCAGCAAGCUCAAAGGGCUACAUCCGCUUCUGUCGCGGUGCACUUAAUCCAGCAGGGUGCGCACAUAGAGACACGGAACUCCCAAGGAUAUACUCCACUCCAAUGCGCUGCGGCAGCUGGAAACAGGGCAAUGUUUCUUGCCUUGGUUGAUCAGGGGGCAAGACUCGAUGUUCAGACUGCGAAGGGUGAAACUCUGCUUCACAUCAUUCCUCCACUCAAUCAAGACUGCCUUGACAUUCUGGAAACACUUCUGGCAUUCAACUUCAGUGCCAGUGCAAUGACCUGUGCUGGUCUCACACCCUUACAUCAUCUUGUAAUGAAUUGCAUUGGAUCACCAGAUUCCUUGUUUGAUUAUACGGCCAAAUUCAUCUCAGCAUUUGUCUCUCAUGGGGCAAACAUCGAUGCCCAAGUGACAUCUUCCGCAUCCGAAACCGCUUUACAUCUCGCGGUUACGUCCAUGGUUCCACGUGAAUUACUGGUAUCACUUCUCAUCGAAAACGGUGCCUCGGUCGAUGCGAAAACAUCCGAAGGCAAGACGCCAUUACACCUAGCCGCCGAGCGAGGCCGGCAUAAUCUUUUCCAACUUCUACUUGAUGCGGGCGCAGACCCUUCAAUCAAAGACUUCGAAGAAACGCCCACAAGUGACAACCUAAGAGGUGAUGGUCUGACUGCAAUAGACCGGGCGCGCAAGAAUCCUAUAAGCGUAUUGUGGAUUGAAGACGCAGACAAAAUGCAGCCUCCCCCUCCGCCACCACCAAUGACGCAUCGAAAGAGCCAAGCAACCACAAUAGACUCUAUUGACAUGGAGUCCGAAUUUGACGAGAUAGGAGGGUCCACUCUGGUUGAUGAGGAUAGUUCGAUCUGGGGAUCAAGAGUCUCAAUCACCUCUGUGGAGCUGCCUUCUAUUAUUUCCUCUUCCUGUUGA